UAAAUCAUAUUAACCAUCCAGUUUAAUUGUUAUUUAAAUCGGCCGCCACUGGGUGUGACCGCGGCGUUUCUACGCAGUGCUAUUUAAAGCCGGUGGCUUGAUUUUUGAGUUCAUUUGUGCCGGGUGGUUUCAUUUGGUUACAUUACUGCAUUAUCGUGUUGGUCUGUUGAUCCGGUGUGACGGCGGUAUUAACGCGAUCUCGUUGGCGCUAAGAACGGUUUUUUAAACGGAGGCAAAUUUCCCUGGCCUAUCAUGUUUGGAUAUAAAUAUUUGGCGGUGAUUGUUCUUAUAGCGCACACCGUGCGAUCCCAAUCCCAACAGCCGGCAAAUGCUCGUCAGGGAUUGGGAUGUGUAUUAGCUCCGCCCUCAGCAGUCACUUCCGACGGAGACAACUCCAAAUCGGACAGUGCCCAACCCGCAGACACCACCGCUAGCCCCGCCCUGACCGAUAACACUGCCGAUACCGCCACGACCGAAGCCGUCGUCGACAUCACGACCAGUACCGAACGGGAAAUCCUGACGAGCGAGGCCUCCCAGAAAGGAACACCGGCGCCGGCUCCGUUCCGCCCCUCAGUCCAAUCCACCGCGGCGCUUCCACCCGUCAAGGCGCUGCCUACCAUCAAGGAGGUGGUGGCGCCAGCGCGUCCCGUUUACAACGCCAAGAAGGCCUCCCAAUGGGCGGCACAGAAUGACAAAUCCAGCCUGCCCAAUCAGCGUGAAGGCAAAGCAGCCAAGAACAACGUGCAGCUGCUCCAGGCCAGCGCUCCGGCACCGGCAAAGGUCACGGUCCCCAUCGCGAAGAAGCCCAGCAGUUAUAAGGUGCCGGGUGCGAUUUUCGUUGCCGGUGAACAGGAUUCCACGCAAGGCACCCAAUUUCAUCCUGACUGGAAAGACCAGACCACGGUCAACAAUCAGGGCAAUGUGUGGGAUGAACUGAACAAACUGCGUGGACGCGACACCCUGUCUGCCGGUGAAGUGCAGGAAAUCCUGGCCAGAGCUAUUCCCGGCACCGAUUAUCCCACGUACAGCUACGUACCCAGCACAAAGUUUUCCUGUGAAAGCGUCAACCAACCGGGCUACUACGCCGAUACGGAAGCGCAGUGCCAGGUUAUCCGGCGGUGCGAUGCUAACGGACUGAAAUGGAAUUACUUGUGCCCGAAUUCUACGCUCUUUAACCAAAUCACAUUAACGUGCGACUGGUAUUUCAACGUGGACUGCUCGAGGACAUCGCAGUACUACGAUUAUUCCAACUCAAGGCUAUAUCACUCCGAUUUAUUCUUCCUUGGCAAUGCGCAGUAAUUAUUUAUGCAGAUAAUGACUAUUAGUUUUUUAUCUGUUCGGUGCUUUUGUUUUGUAAUUCUGUUCAAUGUUUAUUUGCAAAAUGUAUGCAACGCUCAAAUACAAUAAAAAAAUA